AUGUCUCUCGUCGCUAUGACAACAAAAAUGAAGCUUUCUCAACUCAAGAUUAAGUGCGAAGAGCUUUUUAUUGUCAGUAAGGUGCUUUCGAGCAUAAUAAAAUGUUUAGCACAUCAUCGAGGAUUCGGCUAUCUAAGUUGGAUACAAACUGAAAUCACGACUGUUUACGAUUAUCUAAUAAUGACUUCAAAAUCAAAAAGAUGA